CGCCGAUAUGUCAUCCUGAGUUGACCCGUUCCGUGUCUCUGUAGAAUCUGGCUCGUGUGGCAUACAAGCCGAGCGUUUUUACGAGCUCAAGUGGAGAGUUCCCGUGAUUUCGAAAGUUCCGGGAUGCUUUCUCGCAGGAGUGCAUGAUGUACAGUGCGGUUGCCUGGAAUUUCGCUGCGCGAGAGAGAUAUUGAAGAAGCGUCAGGAGCGAUAGCAGACGAGGAGGAAGAGAUCAGCGUGGGAGGAUGUCAGAAUGGACCGUUAUAAUUGUGAGGGUCUUGCAGUUCGUCGCUGCUGUUCUCACAAUGAUGUCCCGGAGCAGCCCGCUGAUCUCGUCGGAUGGUAUGAUCAGACGCCAAAUGCCCGUAGAAGAUGCGGCAAAUUCCACCCUCAACAUUACGGAAAACCUGCUUUUCAAUGACACCAAAGGAGUCGCGAAACCACUUGCAGCCUUCGGUGAGGAGGAACGCUGCGACACGGAGCCUUUCUGUGAAACCGACGAGCAUCCCGUCCCAGACGAGGUGCAGCUCAAGGUCUUGGAAGAGAACUUCGAUAAGCUGAGGGCUUUCUUCGAGAAGGACGACACGGACACCCCGCAGCUGUACAGAACAUCGCAGCUCCUCGAUAGUCAAUCUCCCUCCUUCGUGCAGGCAUGCGACACCCAAACGAAGAUAAUUGACAGACUGAAGAAAGUCCGCGAUAUCGACGGGAACCCUCAUUUCCUCCUCAACCCCGAUCAAGGGGGUUACCGCCAAUGGAUCUACUACGUUCGCUGCCGAGAGGAACGCGGGACAUGCACGAAUGUUGAAGCGCAUCUUCCCCCGAACAGACAGACUUAUUGCGCGACCAGAUUAUGGCGGCGAGUCAUGACGGCGAUCAAUGUGACCAGCUACGAGCCCUACGAAAUCCUCGUUGACGUACCCGGCGCGUGUACUUGUUACAUCAAAGCACAGAUCUAGACUUUUCGUGUUCCGCUUCCAAAGUUGAGUCAAAAUAAUUGUUGUUGAACGCGGGGCUGAUCCGAGCCGAAAAGUUCGAAUAAAUCAAAUUAUCGCUCCAGGGUCGGGAGCA